AUGUAUUACACAUGGGCAUAUAUAUCGUUGAUCAUAGCCAUACUAUUGACACCUUUUUUAAUACCCACGAAUGGUGCUUUAGCCUUGAAAUAUAGAAGAAUAAAAGUGGUGUUAAGCAUAUGUUUGUUGAUAUCAAUAUUAAUCAGUCUAACACCGGAGAAAGCAGUUGAAGGGGGACCAGUCCAAAAGUUUGGUCAAUCAACAAUUGCACUUUUAGGAUGCAGCUUUCAAAUAAUGAACUUGGGUACAUUUUGUGACCCAAGUUCGGGAGUAAAUGCUCGUGAAUGCUUUUGCGUUAAUCCAAAUGCUAUGUCAACUAUUUCGUACUGUUAUAUGACAGCUCACCAAGGACAAAUAGAUUCGUUCUUAAAAACUUGUAAAACAGAGUUUAAUGUAACAGUCACAAGACAAGUGUUUGAGGAAUCAUUCAUCAAUUAUACCAAAUACGCUAGAUUUCCAGACCAGCUUGAUCCUUCCAAUGUAAUAAAUUAUCCAAUAAAAUUGAAUGACUCAGUGAUACUGACAUACAAACAUGCAUAUGACCAGUUCUUAGGUAAUUAUGAUAGAUCUGUAUAUUAUGGUGGUGUAUUGCUUUUGUAUUGGCUUAUCGUCUUUUUGCUUGCAGCUAUAGGGAAUUGGUCAAAACUUUUAUUCCCUAGUAUCGUCAUGAAAAUGACGGGUAAGAUUUCUAAUGUGCUUCGUCAAAAAAUAACUUUACCAGCUACAGGAGGGAAAAAGAAGACAAACGAAAAACCUUUUCUUAAGAUAUUGGACAUGUUGGUUCCUACAAGGGCCGAAACUUUAAUAAUAAUGGGGUUUUUAGCCUUAACAGCUCAUCUUUUACAGAGCAAAAUUGAAUAUAUUGAUGGGGACCCUAUUUUCGACAACAAAAUAUCUGCCUUGUUACGUUAUACAGCUGUAAGAGCAAGUAUUAUUAGUAGUGAAACCAUACCUUUGCUAAUUCUAUUUGGAGGCAGGAAUAACUUUUUACAAUGGUUGACAAGAUGGGAUUAUUCAACAUUUAUUACUUUUCAUAGAUGGUUGUCACGAAUUAUAUUUUUUCUUGUUGUCAUUCAUGCCAUCUGCUAUUCUGUUUACAUGGGAGAUUACUUUGAGAGUAUGCACGAGGCUUAUUUGAUAUGGGGUGCCAUUGCAACAGUUUCCGGAGGUUUUAUAAUGAUUCAAGGAUUAUUAGUAUUGAGAAGAAGAUGGUAUGAAAUGUUUUUGAUGAUACAUAUUGUUCUUGCAGCGGUAUUUAUCGGUGCUUCUUGGGUACAUGUUAAUGAUUUAUACUGCCUUUGGUUUUAUUAUUAUGCUACGGCAAUAUGGGUCUUUGAUAGGGUCAUAAGAAUAGGAAGACUUUGUUCGUUUGGUUUCCCUAAAGCAAAGGUUAUCUUACUAGCAGAUGAAACUUUGAAAAUCAUAGUUCCAACCCCAGAACACUGGGAAUCUAUUCCUGGAGGACAUGCAUUCAUACAUUUCUUGACUCCUUCUUGCUUUUGGCAAUCCCAUCCAUUUACAUACACUAUUGCGGUUGAUGAUCCCAAUAAAAUAGUGUUGUAUAUUAAAGUGAAGGAAGGUGUAACCCAAAGUAUGUAUAAGUAUUUACUACAACACCCGGGUAAGAGCACUUAUAUUAGAGUUGCAAUCGAAGGCUCUUAUGGUGAGUCAACUGCCGCCAGUAGAUAUGAUACUGCAGUAUUUAUUGCUGGUGGUAAUGGAAUACCUGGUAUAUACGCAGAAGUGUUCGACUUAGCAGUUCGUGGUAAUGAUUUAAAACAAUCAUUAAAACUCGUAUGGCUUGUUCGGGAGUACAGUUCAUUAUUUUGGUUUUAUGAAGAAUUAUUAGCAUUACAAGAUACUAAGAUUGAGACCACGAUCUAUGUUACAAGACCAGAAUCACACAUUUGUUUAGAAGAAUUCAAUAAUCGACUUCCAAAUACUGACAUGGAUAUAUCGAAUGAUCUGAGUCAUGGUAAUGCGACAGUGUUGGGGAAUAUGUCUAAUAAAGAACAUAAGCAAGGUGAUAUCGUCAGGAAAGUCAGAUCAGAGUUGAGUCAAAUUAAAUUUAUAGAGGGAAGGCCAAUGAUGGGCUUGAUGGUGUCACAAAAUAUUCAGGAAGCAAAAAAGUCGGCUGCUUUCAUAACAUGCGGUCAUCCAAACAUGGUAGAUGACAUCAGAGCUUCAGUUGUAAAAAACAUCGAUAAUGAAGAUCAUAAGAGGGUAGAUUACUUUGAGCAAUUACAGGUUUGGGCUUAA